AUGCCACAAUUAUUUCAAGUAUUACGAUGUUACAAAUGUUUGACUUUUCAGGUUCACCAAACCAAAAAAUCAAAUAAAUGGGAAUGCAAACUGUGUAGUGAGAAGCAAUCAGUUAAGAGACACUAUGGAAUAGGAACAGCAAAAGAUUGUAGACUGCAUGUACAAAAACUGAACAGUAUGAGAGGAGAAAUAGAUGAACUGAAAUGCGGUCAAAUGCAAAGGAAUAGUCAAAGUGACGAAGAAGGUGAUGAUAAAGAGCUUUUAGAAUCUAUUGAAGUCGUUUCUCAGCCACAACCAGUAAGUAGUAAAUGGUCUGAUUAUUUAGAAAUUCCGGAGACAGUGGAUGAAGAAAAAAAUGAGUCUAUAUAUCUGGGUGAAGCAGAAGUUGUUCUAGAAAUCCCUGAAAAGCGCAGGAAAAAAUUAAGUAAGUAUUGUAAAAGUAGUAAAAACACUGUGUCUGCAACAGCAACUGAAAGUCAUAGUACUCAUCCUGAAGACAAGGUUUUAGUACCUUUUUCUAAUGAUUGUACAUUAAAAACUAUGAAUCAAUCAAAUGUAUGUGAAGUCAAGGAAUUGUAUUUUGAUAGCCUAUCAUAUCAAGCAUCUAAUAGUCAUUGUAAUGAAAAUAUUCAACCUGUAAUUAGUAAACAAUCAAAAUGGGCUGAAUUUAUAGAAGAUGAGGAUUCAGACUUAAAGCCAUCAACUAUUGUAAAUUUAUCUCAACAUAAUCAUAUGUUUUCAUUGUGUGAUGACAGUGAACUGGACAAUGUUUUGAAUAUAUGA